UCUCGCCGCCCGCGACGGAGCCAGCCAAGCAAAUAAAAUAGCCUAGGCUAUCUGGCUGUCUCCCAUCUUCCCGUCUUCCUCCCCGAGGCACGUAGAAAUCAAACACAACGCCACCACUAUUCUCAUUCUUCAUCACCCCCCUCUCUCUCCCUUCUGGAUCCUUACUACUCCUCCGUAACCCGCAGCCUGCAUAUACCUACCUACCCAACCAAGCUCCUCCCAUCCUCCCAGCACCACCCACCUCACGCGACACCCCCCGAGGAUGUCCAGCACCACCGCCCCGGCCGGCGCAGCGCAGCCGUGGUACGCCGCCUUCCCGGAGCCCAAGGACGCGGCGCCGGCCGCGCUGUCGCGAGAUGCGGUGCUGCAGCGGCUGCGGGACUCCGCGCCGGGCGAUCGCGCCUUUGUACUUGUCGACGUGCGGCGCGCCGACCACGAGGGCGGCACCGUCAGGGGCUCCCUCAACCUCCCCGCCCAGAGUCUCUACCCCAGCCUGCCCACCCUGCACCGCGUCUUCAAGGCCGCCGGCGUGCGCGAGGUCAUAUGGUACUGCGGCUCCUCCCGCGGCCGCGGCACCCGCGCGGCCGCGUGGUUCCGCGACUAUCUCGAGGCGCAAGGCGAGACGGCGAUAGCGAGCGUGAUCCUGUCCGAGGGUAUCAAGGGGUGGGCGGCCGCGGGCCCCGAGUUCGUCGCGUGGAUGGAUGGGUACGAUGCUUCUGUCUGGGGGGAGAAGAAGGACGACGCCUAAGGGUGGGUGGAUAGAGUAUAGCUGGCCUGCAUGUGUACAUAAUGCCGUUACUUACAUACGUCUGUUGCCAACCCGCCAGCAGUGCCUACGUAAACCCGCGAUCCUCUAUA